AUGUUUUCAUUGAUAUAAUAAAAAGACAAUGAAUUGUUUUUCAUCAUGAAAAUAUAAAUUUAUUAUUUAUCGUUUUUAUUUUAUAAAUAAUUUAUGAGUUCACUUAUUAUGUAUGAAGAUGAAGUGAUUGAUAAUUAUAAUGAAUAUUUGAUGAGUAAAAGAAAAGAAGUAACAGAGAUAAAGAAUUAUAAAUUUAAUGGAAAAUUCAAUUCAAAGCCAACUAAAGCAUUCAAAAUAAAAAAUAAGAAAAUACAUUAUUUAACAUAAUCACAGAUAUUAGCAUUAGUAGUUUUAACAUUUGCAGUUGAGUAUGGUAUUUAUACAUGUAUAGUGAGGGUUUGCAAUUGAAAUGGUUUUCAUUUCUCCUUUGUUUUUGAAAUUAGACACUCCAGAACUUUUAGACUCUUCAAUGUAAUAAAUUACAACAAUAUUCCAGUUGGUUAUUUCCUCCUGUAAUUAAUUUAUUACUCUAUCCUUUUAUUCGAUACUACAGCGAAAGUAAAUCACAUCAAUUAAAAAACGCUAUGAUAUAUUUCAUAAUAGUUUCUAUUAUGGGUAUAGGAUUAUUAGCUGAUACAAAGUAAAUAUUUAAAUAUAUAUAAGAUCAUUAUAUGUUGAUUCAAUAAAUAAAAAAACAUCAGUUUUGAUUAUUUCAAUUGUCAGUUUCACAGUGAUGGAUGUUGGUUUAGAAAUGUUAGGAGUAUAUACUUAACAUUGAUAUAAAUAGUUUGCUUGUUCUGCUUUGUUAGAAGAAUAUGUUAAUCCUAAAUAGUAGUAAAAGGUGUAAUAAUAAAAAACAUUUGUUGAUUCAUUUGGAAAAUUUACUGGAUUUCUAGUUUCUAGUGUUUUAGCAUUCAAUUUUAUUUAUUUAAAUUUCGAUAAUUUCAUAGAGAAUUUAUCAUUUGCAUAUUUAGUAGGGUUGAUAAUGAUAUUAAUUGGUUUUGGAAUGGUUUUAAUAUCAUUUCCUAGUAAAGGAUUAGAUUUAGUCUAAUCAAAUCAUAAGAUGAGAUUUAGUAUCAAUUCUUUUUUGCCUGGAAUAACAUUUAUAUUGUAUUCAAUUCUAAAUAUAUGUUAGUUAAUUGCCAUAAAAUAUGAAGAUAUUUUUGUUAUCCCAUUUUUUCACUUGUGGUUCCUAAUUAUUUGUAUCUGUCUAUGCUACUCUAUGGUCAGGUAUUACAAUGUUGGAAGAAGGACCUCAAUAAUAUAAUGAAGCAAUAAGGAAUAUUGUAUUUGAUAUAGGAAUUAGCUGGGGUAUUGUUUAAAUAAUAUACAGAGGGGCUUUGGCACUGUGUAUGAGUGCUAUACUUCAUCUAUUAACAACUUUGUUCUUAAAAUAAUUGGGUAAUCAUUACACAAGCACAAUAUAUAUGAUUGUAAAUGCCUUGGCUGGGGCAUCACUAUUAUAUACUUGGUCUGUUAAUGAAUUUUAUUCAAUAUUUAUUACUCUUCCAUUUUGGGGAGUUUAAACUGCUGUUUUAAGUGAAUUACCAUAUAAAUUAGCAAAUCAGUUAGAAGAUGAUGUAUUUAAUUAUUGAUUAUAUUUAUUAGUAAGUUAGAGAUACAAUAAAAGGGCUUUUGCCUUAAAUGCUUAAUUUAACAACCUUUUUUUCUUAAGCAUUUAUGUUUUUCAUUAUUCCAUUAGGUUUUUUGUUGUUUUCAAGUGUUGAUGACAUUUCAGUUAGCAUGUUUAUGAGUGGAGUAUUUAGUUUGAUUGGAUCAUUUUUAGUUUGCUUUUUAUGA